AUGCUUAAACUUUAUCGGCUGGCGUUCCUUUGCGCAAUUAUUUACUUAAACGUCGAUUGUGCGCCUUUUCCUGAAGACGUCGUAUAUCCAAAGUUGCUCGAGGCAAGAGGAAUCAACGGAACAAAAUUAUUGCACAUUAAAGAGGGUCUGACUCUUAGUUUGGAAAAACUAUCUGUACUGGCAGACUCACUCGUUUUUACUGACAGCAAUGACGGAGUUGCAACUGAAAUAAUCAUGAACGGAACUAAGCUUGAAGAAAAUGUGUUCCAAGACAGAGAGAAGAUGGCCGCUGUAUCUGUAGAAGAAGUGGAGGACACUAUUGAAGUGAUGGGAGUCCUCAAUAACAAAUUACGCAUCGCUCCUCUGCCUUUGGUGGCUCGAUCUGAGGAGGGAUAUCUUGCACACAGGAUCUACGAGGUGGAGCCCCCUACGAAUCACGAAAAAAAAGACGCUGAUGCACUACCUCAACAGCAAGCUCGCACCAAGACGCGAACAUGUUCCGCAUCAAUGAAGCACGUACCUGAUCCAUUUUUGGUGGAAGUUCACAUGAUGGUGGAUGAGCACCAUUACAAAGUGUUUCGCCGAAGGGAAGAUUUAGUAACUUAUUUGGCACUCACGAUUGCACUGGUCAACAUGCGCUAUGAGGACACGUCAGUUCCAAAAACUCAGUUUCUGCUCACCUCCGUGCAAAAGGAACAGGGUUUUGCGAAAACAUUUGUGGAAACGGAAAUUGGCUGGCUUGUGGCCAACAGAACCUAUGCAGCCGCAAACGAAACCUAUCAGCACCUUCUUCAAAAGUACGGAAGAAGUCCCGCAGAUAUUACGGUUGCUGUGACAGGGUUAAUUCUCGCAGAUGCAUUAGAACCUUUUUCCGAGGCGGAAAUCCGAGUACAAGGGCAGGCCCGUCUCGGUGGCGUUUGCAAUGUCAAUUACAGCAUGGUGAUGGUGGAGGACGUGCCUCUGUCGUUUGGAAUGGUGAGCAGCUUGCCACACGAACUGGGGCAUGCUCUUGGGGCACCUCACGAUGGAUUAACACAUAUGUGGAAUGAAUGUCUUCCACCAAGAAACGACUGCCGCAGAAAUAGCGAUGAUGAUCACUUCAUUAUGCAUCCUUUCGAACCAGGCAAUCAACAUUUCUCAGAUUGUUCCAAACAACAUAUGACUGCCUUUAUAUCAACUUUAUCCACAAGUUGCUUCAAGCUUAAAACAAAGCAAAACUGCACAACGGAAGUAAAAGAGCUGCCAGGCGUUUCUGUGAAUCUAACAAACAUUUGCAAAAUAGCCCAUCCUAACUUUCUAAAGUGGAAUGUUCGCCUUUUUAAUGAAAACUGUCGUUUUGAAUGCUGUAGUCCUCGCUCCCUAGACGACGAUGAACCCGCCUGCGGCGCUGAACAUUUUUUACCGGAUGGAGCUGACUGUGGGCCUGGAAAGAGGUGCGUAAGAGGCACGUGCGGCUACUACGACAAAUACGGCGCACCGGUGACCCGACCGCAAGAUGCUUGA